UUGUCAAUGUCAAAUUAUUUAAUAACACGUGCGAUCGUGUUGUUUGUAGAUUUAUCGAAAACUAUUAAAAAUGGGCAAAACUAAGAAACAAACCGGGCAAACCGUCCGAAACCUUCCAUUAGAGCAAGACAUUCACAACACGAAAUUCGCCAAAUCCAAAAACCGCAACAAAAUUCGGCUCAGGAAAGAUGACGAGGAGCAAUUCGUUGAUUCCACGUUGUCCCGUAAAAUACUGUCGGCAGCCCGGAACCAACAGCGCGAACUGGAAGACACUCACCGUCAGCCUACGAAGGAAAAACCCCACGUAAAUUUCGGCGAUAUGGACACGGACGAUUCGGCUAGCGAGCCCGAAGACAACGCCAUAGACUCCUCCUUUUACGAUAACAUCGAAAUCAACGAAGAAGACGAACUCGCCAUCGACACCUUCAUGAGCAAAAACCCCCUACCGAGAAGGACCCUAGCGGAUAUCAUCAUGGAAAAAAUAACCGAGAAACACACGGAGCUCGAUACCCACUUCACCGACGCCGGUUCCCUGCAAAUGCAGGACUUGGACCCGAACGUCAGGCAAAUGUACGAGGGCGUCAGGGACGUGUUGAAAACCUACCGAAGCGGCAAGCUCCCUAAAGCCUUCAAAAUAAUACCGAAACUAAAAAACUGGGAACAAAUUUUGUACAUAACCGACCCGCCCGGCUGGUCGGCGGCCGCCAUGUACCAGGCCACCAGGAUAUUCGCUUCGAACUUGAAGGAAAACAUGGCGCAGAGAUUCUACAAUCUAGUGUUGUUGCCUCGCGUUCGAGACGAUUUGGCCGAAUACAAACGACUCAACUUCCAUUUGUACCAAGCGCUGAGGAAGUCUCUGUUCAAGCCGGGGGCCUUCAUGAAGGGCAUCCUGCUCCCUCUGCUCGAAAGCGGCAACUGCACUUUAAGAGAAGCCAUCAUUAUAGGCUCGGUUUUAGCGAAAAAUUCGGUGCCCAUUUUGCAUUCGUCGGCGGCGCUUUUGAAAAUCGCCGAGAUGGAUUACACGGGGGCCAAUUCGAUCUUCCUGCGGAUACUGUUCGAUAAAAAGUACGCCCUGCCGUACAGGGUGGUGGACGCUUGCGUGUUUCACUUCGUACGGUUCCAAAGCGACAAGAGGGACUUGCCGGUGCUGUGGCACCAAGCCUUAUUGGCUUUCGUGCAGCGAUACAAGGCCGAUAUAUCGACGGAGCAACGCGAGGCGCUGUUGGAAUUGCUGAAAAAGCAAAACCAUCCGGUGGUAACGCCGGAGGUUCGCAGGGAAUUGCAGCACGCCAAGUGCAGGGACUUCGAAGACGCCGAACCUGUAAUGGAUACGGAUUAAUAAAGUAUUUAUACAUUUACAUAUAUAUUUGAAUCGAUUAUUGGAUACCACAACAGUUCGUGUAAGUUGUGAACUUAAGAUUUUUCUUGCGUUAUUUUUUCAUCGUCCAAAAUGACCACGAUAGUUUUAUCGGCGCCCGCUUCGUCGUAUCGAGGCCUCGUUUGUUCGCUUUGACAGACAUCUUCGAUGACGAAUUCGUCGGCGUCGCCGUCGAGUUCGCCUCUAUUUUGCCAUUUGAUCUUGAACACUUUGACGUUUUUCUCGUUGCCGUCGGCCCGAGCGUCGGCGUGAUCGUCCAACAGAUGGUUAUCUAACGGCAACUUUCGAGCGAAUCGUAGAUCGCAGAGGCAGCAAUUGAAUUGCUCCGAGGCGUUCGAAUGGGCCGCUUCGUGGGCUCGUCGGUCCGCUUCGUUGGGGAAUCUCUUGAAGCACGUCAUGCACCUGAAUGGAUUCGAAAAAGAUGUUAUUUCGAUGAAUAUACACGUACGAAUGUAUUUACAGGAAUUGGUGGCCGACGUCCGAUUUGUGCGAGUCCUCGUGGGCGGUUUUCGCCCGUUUAUCGUUCAGUUUGAUACCGCAAUAGUUACAUUCGAAUUUCCUUUCGUGUUCGUGUAGCGGCAGAUGCGCCACGAGCGAUUCCUUCGCUGGGAAAGUUUGCGAACAAAAUGAACAUUCGUAGUCGUUUUCUGCAAUAAUAGAAGCCGUUAUGUUGGAUCGAACAAUCGAAAUUAGUUGUAUACUUUUCUUUUUCACGUUCUGGUAGGUUUUGUGGUCCGAAUUUCUCGCCCUAAAACGAGCAAUUGUUAUCAUAAGAUUAUUUCGCAAAGUAUCGUAAUACCUUCUGUGUAGAUUCAACGAGGAAUCGCCGGUAAAUUUGCCGGGGUAAUCGACUUCCUUGAGCUUCGAAUGCGCCAUUUUGACGUGCUCUUUCAGCUUGGGUUUCGACGGGAACAAAUCACCGCAAGCGGUGCAUUCGUGCUGCUGCGAAUCCCGCCUUUUGGCCAUCAUUAAUUUUAUUUUCGACAACACCUCGUGCAGCGC